CAGCGGCAGCAACAGCAAACCGCAGUUAAAGAAGCGAGUAGGCCCGCUCGGAAGCAAAAAAAAGUGAUGAAAUUCAAAACCUUCGUAAACGAUGAAGGUUACAUGUGUCCUGUGUCGACUUGACUAGACGAAUGUUUUGGUAGAUUGUUGACUAACAUUUUUCCGAGAACAGUGACGUCGGCGAAACGUCACGUAGAAGUGCAUCCACCAUUUGCACAUAGACCAUGAUGCAUCUUGUUUACCCCCUUCAAAUUUUGCAUAACCAUCGUAUUGGAUUUCUCUAGAGACGGCUGUAAUACCCAGGAGAAAUUGAAAACAACGGAUAUGCAAAAUUUGGGGGGGCAAAAAAGGUGUAUUAUGGUCCUUGUGAAAGUGGUGAAUUCGCGAUUUUCAGUCUUUAUCGCGAUUAUUCCAACUAACUUACUUUGUCAAGAAUAGGCGAAUUCUUCUGGAGUUGAAUUGUUAGUGAAAUUAGGCACUUUCACAUCGUAUUUUACUAAAAAAACCUGAUGCACGUGCAAAGUUGUUGUUUUGCCAAUCUAAACCUAUUUCUCUUUUGACGUUCGCGUGGCCGUCACCGUCGUUAGAUCUUAAGGUUCUCUAUUUUUUUUUUCUUACAGUGACUGAGAAAGUUUGGGAAAGUGAGUCCACAGAUGCGAGUGAUGAUGAACCCCAAAUAAUUAUCAAACCACCCGUGUCUUACGAGAAGCGGCCAUCACCGGUCAAGAAAACCGGCGCUAAGAAGACGCACAGUGACAUGAAAGGCAAAGGAGUGAAACAAUCCUCGCUGACAAGUUUCUUCAAAAAGUCUUAA